ACUUGCAGAUACUUGAGCCUCGUGGCGGUGCUGGGCGCGCUGCACAGCUUCACCGUGGCGUCCAUGUCGUCGCCCGGGAUCCUACUGCCCCAAACCCUCGUGUACUUUGACAACUACGAGUACGACGACGUGCUCUAUCGGAAGCGAGAGUGUCCGACGUGCCAGACCAUCAAACUCGCCCGCUCGAAGCACUGUUCCGUUUGCAACAACUGCGUUCCGCGCUUCGACCACCACUGUGGGUGGCUGAACACGUGCAUUGGCGAGCGCAACCACUGGGUCUUCCUCCGAUUCCUCAUGAUGAACGUGCUACUGUGCGGAUACGGCUCCUACGUUCUUUUCGCCAUUCUACAUGACGAGUAUAAACAACUCCUCGGGGAGCCAUUUCUGGACGAAAGUACGCACACCGUGGUGCAAGGCGAUCCCAUGGUGGUUGUGCGGUACCUGGUCCAUGCAGAAGCUGCAGUCACAGUGCUCUUCGUGCUCUGUGUUGGAAUGGGAUUCGCUCUCGUGUGUUUUUCUGGAUUCCACCUCUACUUAGUGUCCAGCAAUCUCACCACCAACGAGUUCUUCAAGCGCAGGGAACUUCGCCGGUCACAGUUUGCCUCUCAACCGUGUCCGCAUACGCACGCGUAUGCCCUCGAUUCACUGGUUGCCAACUGGCGCGAAGUAUGGGCGCCACGCUACAAGGCCAAGAUAUUUGCUGUCAAAAUGGCUGCUUCCAUGCGCUCCGAUCAUCAAAAAGCGGUCAAGUCCGCCUGA